ACCCUGCGGAGGCGGGGGGGGGGGGGGGGGCGUCUCGGCAGGCAGGUGGCCAUGGGGCGAGGGAGAGGGCCCCUGGAAAGCAGCCUAUGUUUAUUGACUGCGAUUCGCCUCUGAUCCUGGAGCUGGCAAGGGAGCCCCCGGCGGGUAAGUUUGGAUUUUGCGCCCGUGUGUGUGUGUGUGUGUGUGUGUGUGUGCGCGCGCUGGGCAGGCCGGCAAUUCGAGGUGGCGGUACUCCUGCUCAGGGGCACCUGGCGAACUCAGCAGGCACAGGCGGUAAGGGUCCCAGACGUGUCCUGGCCGCUAGCUAUCAAGGGGGCGGGGGCGGUGGUGCCCCCCCUUUGGUGAGACCGUUGGUGGUGAGGAGCUCCCCAGAAGAAGGUGUAGGAAGAGGAAGCCAGGGGUGGGACGGAGGGCCCGCAAGAUCAAGAGAGGGAGGGAGCGAGCUGAGCCGGGAAGGAGCUCCAGCAGUCCUCCAGUCCCACAGACGUGUGCCUGGCAGCCCCGGCGGGCCAGGCCCCUGCAGGCAUUGGCGAUAUGGCAGGGAAGACAAUGGCAAAACUCGCCCCACGUGGGUCCAGGCCUAGUGGCAGGGCGCACACGACAGGACAGCAAACAUCUUACGUGAAGGACGCUAGAGUGUGUUCAUCGGUGGUAAGUGCCCUGGGGAAACUAGAGCAGAGGGAAGGAGGUGAGGGGUUGGGUCGCGAGUCUGAGUAGAUGAGGGUAUUUCAGAAAACCUUGAAGGAGAUGAGAGCGUGUACCGGGCGGAGGGAACAACCAGUGCAAAGGGCCUGAGGUAUGAGUGGACUGGUGUGUGGAAGGGAAUGCGCAGAGGACGGUGUGGCAGGAGCAGAGGGAGCAAGCAGGUGGGAGGGGGGCAGGGCGAGGCCAGGAGGGGCCACAGGGGUCUACUCUGAGUCAGAUGGGCACCCCGGGGAGGGCCGUGAGCAGGCGAGGACAGAACCCCAUUAGGAGGUGGCCCUGUUUACCAUCAGUUCGGCCUCUGCCCCUCCCCCGCCCCCCACCGCCCAGGACAGGGGAGACCCCAGUUGCAAGGCUGAUCCUUAGAUGAUCCUUCGAGGGCUUUGUUGGGUGGAGCAGCGUGGAAGGCCCUGGGGUGACCUGCGGCCUCCCUAGGCCCAGGGCCCUGGGGCCGACCCACCCAGCGGGCUGCAAGCGCUGCGGUCCCCAGGGAAGGCUGCCGGAGCCAGGAGGAGGCAGCCGGGGUCUGGAAGUGCCGGGCCCCAGAGGAAGUCCGCCAGGAAGGAAGAAGCCUGACUGCAAGAGGCCUGGCGCCACUCCUCCUCACAGAUGAAGAAGCCCCAGUUCCUGAUCCCAGUUCCUGUGUGGGGUCGCCUCCUGCCUUUCCUGGGUUUACAGGAAGCGUGCAUACCAUUUUCUCCCUACGUGCUUCAAGAAGGAAGGACAUUUCCUCCCAUGACCCAGGGCCGUUAUCCAUCCAACCCAUGCCCGGCGCGGGCUCCUGCUGUCGUCUGAGAGCCGCUGCACAGUCGCCCUCCAGGCCCCCCCCCCCCGCCUUUGACUCCUCUUUCCUUCACGCCAGCAUCUCAUCAAGGACUUGGUUACACUUGACCAUUGGCCGUCUGGUUAUCUUUUCAUCUGAAGCGGCCUCUCUCCCCGGCCUCGUCUUUUCCCCCUGGCGCUGAGACACGCAGGAGGGCGGGAACAGCCCACCUUCUAGAUUGGCCCGGUUGCUCCCUUGUAGCUAGUGUCUUUAAGUGGUCCCUCUGUCCCCGGUAUCCUUUAUAAACCGGGUGUGGGGGCACAAGGCUGCACUAGAAUUGGGUCAGUCAAGCUUUGGCAAGAGACUUGUGCCCUCCCUGGGGUGGCAUCGUCACAGGAGGCGUGUCCGACCUGUGUCCAGCAGCCGUUCGCUUAGCUUUCUGUCUCGGGACCAGCGGUAAGCAGGGGAAGACAUCUUGGCAUCGUGCGGCUAUCCGCGCCUCCUAGGCCUGUCACCCGGCGGUUUUCGCGCCCACUCCGCCUUAAGGGAUUCUUUCCAUGUGAUUAAUGUGAAUGUCUUCGUCAGACGCAUGAGUUUAUUUCUUCUGGGCUAGUGUCGGUUGACAGCUCGUCACUGGCGAUGAGGGACCUCGCGGCAAUUUAAAUGCUCCGGGACCCCGUCCCCCCAUCCUCUCUCCCGUAGCAUGAAUAAGCCGGAGUCACCCACGCAGCAAAAGCAUCCUGGGCCCGCUCCCCACCAGCCACUGCCUGGCUCUUCCGCUUCCCCACCGGGGAAUUGCACGUUCUGGCCUCCAGCUGGGUGCGGAGCACAUCCUUGGAGCAAACUUUCUUUGGCCCCGCUGUUUCCUGGCACCGAGAGCCGAGGCGGAGGAAUCAGACACUGCCCGCUCUGUCCCUGACAGACUCUUCCUGCCCCUGGUGCGGAGCGGUAUGUGUGUGUUGGGAGUUUUUCUGUAAGGACCCUGACCUGAGAGGAAAAGGGGUCAGCAGUGGAGCUUCCGGGGAUGGCUGGAAAGUCGGGGUGCAGGGGUCCCGCCCCCAUGGGAAGAAAGGAAUGAGAAAGAGGAAGCCAAGGCUCGCCGGAGGUGGGCAGGACUCCCUGUCUGGCGGCCCACCGCCCAGGUGAGGGGAGAGGGCGGCAGCUCGGUCCGGGAAAGUGUGAUGGGUUGGAUUGUGUCCCCCAAGAAAGAUGUGUUCGAGUCUUGCCCGCCAGCAGCUGUGACUGGGACCUAACCUGGACGAGGUGGUGCUGGACUAGGGCGGGCCUCAUCUCGCACUUGGCUUUUGCCAAUCCCCUUAGCUUGUUUGUACCCCCGCGAUGGCAGCCAUUCUCUUGAAGGCCGGACCCAAGGUGCCGGUAUCGUUUGAAGACGUGCCCGUGUACUUCAUCAAGACAGGAUGGAAGCUUCUGGACCUCAGCCAAAGGAUCCUCUACAAGAGAGUGUCGCUGGAGAACUACCGCCAUUUCGUGUCACUGGGACUUUUAGCCUCCAAGCCUCACCUGGUCUCCUGGCUGGAGCAAGGGGACGAGCCCCAGGCGGCAGACUUCCACGGGACACGGGCUGCUGCGGGGGUGCGGACGGGUGACAGGAUAGAGAACAGGACGUUGACUUCAAAGCAGAAGCAUUGCCCCCAAGAGCUCCCGAGGACUGACCCUCGGGCCGGUAACGAGAGCCAGGUGGCCCGGCCCACAGGGGAGACCGCUAAUCGCACAGGGAAACAUGCUCGUUCCCCACAGACGGGUUCCGGCAGGGAUGACCAGCCCGGGGAGAGAGGUCAAGGCGGCUCCUCCGGUGAGGGAAGAGCGAUGAGGCAGAGAAGACAGGACGGCGUGAGGCGGGAUUAGGGUCUCAGGCCGCGGGGUGCGCCGGGCGCCGACAAGCGGCACGUGUGUCCGCAGUGUGGGAAAUCCUUCAGUCGCAGCUCCAACCUACUCAAGCACCGGUGCACCCACAGCGGCCACAAGCCCUACACGUGCGGCUAGUGUCUCAAGGCCUUCAAGGGAGCGUCCCAGCUCAUUCACCGCCAGCGCGUCCACAGCGGGGAGAAGCCGUUCGCGUGCCAAGAGUGCGGGAAGGCGUUCCGGGGACGCUCGGGUCUCAGCCUGCACCGCCGGGCGCACGGCGGCGGCGAGCGGCCCUACGCGUGCGGCGAGUGCGGGAAGGCCUUCGGAGGCGCUCCCCCCUCUUCAAGCGCCGGGCGACUUGCGGCGAGGGGCGGCCCUGCGGGUGUCCGCACUGCGGGAGGGUGUUCCGGAGCCGCUUGUCCCUCCCGGAGCACCGGCGCGCCCCGGGCGGCCAGCGCGGCCUAGCCUGUGAGGGGGCAGUGUGGCGCGGCGGCCCCCGCGGCAGCCGCGGGGGUGGGAAGCCCUGGGAGAAGAGCGACGGGGGAAAGGCGCCGGCCUGUUUGGGUGCGAGGGCCAGAAAGUCCGGGGACACCGCGAAUGCGCGGCCGCCAGCAGUACAGCCUGCUCGCUUGGGAGGGGGCCUGGGGCCUCCCGCUCCCCUGCCUUUGAUCGCUGAGGACACGACUGAAGCACAGAGACCUCAGAACAGAUCCAUGUUCUGUGCUGGAACUGCCCAGAUGCUCCUACCCCACGCGGGUCAGCGCCGCGCUCCAGCAGGGCCCCGUCGUGGGCACAGCCGCCUCCGGUGAGGGACGAGCGGUCUCUCUCGUGUCGUGGGACCAUCCGCUUCGCUCCAAGACUUCUUGGUGUUUCCAGGUAAAAGCACUAAAAGCACUUUAAUCCUUUCAGAGGUCAUAAACGGGGGGGGGGGGGGGGGGGGGGGGGGGGAGGGGGCGUGACGGAAUUCUACAACUAGACUGUGGCCGGCCCAUGACAUCACCUCAAAUGCAUCAAGAAACUGUCCGAAAGCGGCCUUGGGCGAACACAUUCGUGGACAGCUCACGCCCAGGUGUCAGGCUGCGGGAAGCGAUGUCUCCUCUCUAAGCCCGCAGCUCCAUGGGAGGAAACGGGACACGCUGCCAUCAUGCUGACUGGUGGCCGGCUCUUUUUCCAGGCCCUCUGUCCCCGUGCCAGAGAGGCGCAGCCUUCUCCUUUGAGAAGCAGCCCCGGGGGCCCAUCUUCUCGGAGCCCUGGGGCGGGGCAGGGGAGUCAGGGGACACUCUGGUCCCUCGCAGGAGCGGGCUCCGGGCAAGACCCCGCACGAGCUGGCCUGCUGCUAUCCGUCUCCUCCCGCCCGGUGCCCCGGGCUCACCCUACUUACUGCCGUCUGCCUCCCACACUCCAGCAGCACAGACCAGCCUGGCCUCUCUGCCCCUCCUCCCCACCCUCAGUGCCUAAAGCUUCACACUUAGCUGCUCUCCCUCAAGUGGCCACCUCUUGUGGCUGGUGCCGAUCAGGAACAAAACGAGACGGGCUACGAAUUUGCACACAGCAUGCCCAGUGAUGGCUCGCUCAUCGGACCUUUCGUGUGAUAUUUCUUACAAUACUGCACGUUCACUUGCUUUCAGCAUUUUUGUAUUCAGGAGUAACGUAAGCUAGAGAUUCCGGCCAUAUAAGGAAGGGUGUUGGUGAAUCGCUCCUGAAAUAAGAAUCCCGCCAACCCUGUGAGACCUCAGGCAGGAGAAAGAGACACCCGAUGGGUGCGAUGGGUGCGGUGGUGAGCCUGGCCCCUCUUCUCCCUCCUCCCCCUGAGCCCCACGGAAACAGGGCGGCCCCUUCAAAUGGCACUUUCCUGCAGCCUCCUGCUGGCCAGGGGGUGGCGGCUGCUGGCAGGCUCUGCCCUGUUCUGUCCGCACCGUCCCCAGAGCUGGGUUCAGGAGUUCGGCCCCUGGGUGCUCUCAGCCCAGCGUCCUGGUUGGCUUGCCUCCUCCUUCCAGCCCCCUCCACUGCUGGGACCUCUGGCGGGCAACUGGUAGGUAUGCUGAGCACCCCCUAUGGGCCUCCGAGGAUCGUGUGCGCCUUCCCUGCCACACAGUGAGAGGCUCAAAGCACCCUCAGGACAGUGUGGGGAAGAUCUGGAAAUACAGGAUUUCUUCCGAGCAUGGUUCUUGGAGCUCCAGUCACUAGGACGACUCCAGGAGCAAGAGAUACAGAUAGAUAGAAACACAUUGACAUAGAAGUUUUAUAUAGCUAUAUUAGAAUGAUUUUUAGACACGACUUACGGAAAGUUCUAGAGUUCUUGCAACUUGCUUUUAUCUCAGAGCCCCUUUCACAGGGUCUGUGUCCCCUUGUCCUUCGAUUGCCUUCUGCUCUUUGUGUCACAUUCAUCUUUGUCAGCACCUCAGAAACAUGAAGUAUUAAGGCCACUGUCUUUGAAGUCUACGGACAGGACGUGUGGAAGCACGUGUUUCUUUGAGGCGCGAUCUUUGCCAGGGCUGGGGUGGAUUCAGGAAGCCAAUCCCAGUGCAGAACAAGAGACAGUGGCAGGAGGCAUUGGGAUGACAACUGCCACGCGGUGGUGGGAACUAGAAAGAGAUCAGAUCCCGGGGCUCUGAUGUCUGUUUCCAUCACCGUAGUAAGUGAGCCGUCUCAACUCUGCAGGCCAGUCAGUAACCGGCUUCACUAAAGAAGAGUCAUAGCCCCCGUGGAAUGUCAUCCCAUGGGUUCUACUGGAUGAACCACCUUGAUUUUGUGGUUUUCUUUCUAAUGUGCUCUGAAAUUGGGCUCCCACACAACUGGACGCAAAAGCUCACGCUACUGGAGGACAUCCUGCCGGCUUUCCAGUCCCUUCCCCAAGAACUUCCCUGGACGUCGGCCCCGUCGCGCUUCUCGACUGGUGUGCUUCAGGGACGGCCCCGUAAGACACGGUGCCAGCGCACAGUGUGUCUGACGUUGAGACCACUCGCCCUGUGAAUCCAUGCAGACUUUCCAAGAGCCGUUUAAAUGCUGUGGCGGUGCCUCCACGUAACUGGUGAAUUGCCUCGACCGCAUUCAUUUACUUUGGGCGCGAACAAAUGAGGGUCUAAGAGUGCUGGCGUUAGAGGAGCCCUCUCGUGCUGUAAAGUAACCAGAUGGCAGUCGGGCUAAAGGUCCCAGGAAAAACUCUAAGUGUGGAAUCGUGGGGGAAAGCCAAGGCACUACGUUGGCGUGAAGGGAAGGCAGAAACCCUGGAGGGUGAGACACAUGGGCAUCAAGAGCUGCCACCCCCGGCCGGUGGGACACCGUGACUCAGAUCAGGAAGGACAGAGUGGCGCAUCCGUCCCCCGAGAGACCCAGCUGUGUCUUCCUCCCAGUUGCUCCUUCAGGCAACAUGGCGGCACGCACACUCACUCGGGUGGGUGCCCCGUCCAGCCCCGUGCGGGCCUGUAUAGAAGGUGGCUCCACCUUCACCCUUCCGUGGUUUGCUUCGUGGCCUCCCGCUGUGGGGGGACUCCAGGGUGGACACCUGUCUGUACUAUAGGCCCUGCAACCUCUCCAUCUCCGUCUUCCCCUAGCCAUGUUUGAGGUCCUCGGCCCUUUCCUCUGUCCUUUAUCUCUGAUGGUCAUUGAGCCACCAGAUCCCGUCUGCCCUUGAUUAUGGUUGCCCCAGCUGCGCCUGCCUGCGCGCGGCCGUGUUUGAGUUGCAAGGGCGGUCCCGCAGUUGUCACCUGACUGACGGCAGCAUCCUUGUCUGGGGCUUUACGUAGGCCCGGGAACAUAGAUCUCCGCAAAACGGACCGUGUCUACAACCUUGCUCGGAUUGUAGCUCGCGAGACUAGCUCUGCUUUGUGAAGCUGGCAGGUGCUCCAAACAAAGAGAUAGGGAAAGCUGUGUUCCCUGUGACUGUGUGGCUAUAAUCCCAGACUUGCCCCUAAGGGAGGGAAAAACAGGCCUGGGAAGGGGGCUCUCAGGACUGUGCUGCCAUUGUCACCAAACAUCCUUAGCUUCUACGUGUUUGCUUUGCUCUCGCUCCCGAGGUUGGUUCUGUGGGUGUUAUGGCAGCAGGGGCGCAGCGGGAUGCCUACGGCACGGCCGAUUGUCCGUGAACGUCUCAGGACGGGCCAGGACCUUCACUCCUUUCCUCAGCCGGAGGAGCACAGCAGGCUUUCAGGUGGGGAUGCUACUACGUGUAUGUCUUGUCAGGCGGCAGAGACAAGUGCGUCUUGAAGCCACGGCCGGAGCGAGCAGCAGGGGGGCUCUUGAAGGGAAGGAGAGGUGGAGGGAUUUCGGGCAGGGUAGGGGGAAGAAGAGGGGGCACAUGGUGUGGUCAGGAACCCCCAAAAAGCAGAGGGAUUUUGGUAGGACUGUUGGGGGGCAGAUGGUCAUGAGAAGCAGAGUGCAGAAAGCCUCGGGUGCCAGACGAAGAACUUUCAUCUCCACCUGCUUCCUGACGAGGAGCGAUUUUUUUUUAACAUCAAAGAAUUAUUCUAACACUGAGGAGGGGACGUUAGUGUAUAUCAUAACCUCUAGGGCGCGUGACUUUGAAGGCUGGCCUCCAGGUAUACACACGACAGUCAGCCAGAUGCUUCUGAUGUUCAUUAGGUGUUGACCCGGGACUCUUUGACGUGAGCACCUCAAAUGUUCUCAGGAAUUGCCACUUGCUGUGGGCUCACGAGCUCAUCCCCUCUCAUGCUCCUACUGAUGUGUCUAUGACUUCACGACACAGGGACCCCCCCCCCCCCCAGGAUUUGCAGGUCACCGAUUCAUCUUUCUUUGACCGCCUCAUGUAGAGGUAUCAUCCUGGGUGGGCCGCAAGACCUGUUGAAUGCUUGCUGGUGGACAUUUGGGUUGUUUCCAGCCCGGGGCCAUGGCAAAUAAAGCUGCUAUGAGCA